AUGGCCUUUUCAAGUUACCCUCCUCAGACCCUAUCAGUUCCUCUCCACCGGCAGCUCCACAGUUAUUAUCACUCAAGAAGCUACGAUUCCGUCAAUAAAGUUUUCGGCAGUGGUUUCCCUCCCAAACCCUUAAAGCCCGCCCUUUUCUCGGUGCUUAAACCCCCUCAAUCAUCACUCGACACCCUCACUUCGCUCCCUGCCCAGAAACCCACGAAUUCGGGUUUGCUCCAACUUUGUCUUCAUGGGAACCUCGCACCAGCUCUGGAAUACCUCGAUUCGAUGCGGCUGCAGAAAGCUCCGAUUGAAGAGGAGAGUUUUAUUGCCCUGGUGAGACUCUGCGAGUUCCGGAGAGGACGCAAGGAAGGUCGUUAUGUGUACCAACUUGUGUUGGAAUCCUUGCUGUCCCCUUUGAGUCUUAGGCUUGGAAAUGCGUUGCUGAGUAUGUUUGUGAGGUUCGGCGAUGUAGGUAGUGCUUGGAAUGUUUUUGGGAGAAUGGGCGAGAGGAAUUUGUUUUCCUGGAAUGUUCUUGUUGGCGGGUAUGCUAAAGGUGGCUUCUUUGAUGAUGCUCUCUGUUUGUACCAUAGAAUGUUGUGGAUUGGCAUUAGGCCUGAUGUCUACACUUUCCCUUGUAUAUUGAGGAGCUGCGGUGGUGCUCAGGAUAUUGUGAGAGCAAGAGAGCUCCAUGCUCAUGUUAUUAGAUUUGGUUUCGAAUCGGAGGUUGAUGUGGUGAAUGCUCUGAUUACCAUGUAUGUUAAGUGUGGAGAAGUGGCAAUGGCAGGCAAAUUAUUCGAUACAAUGUUCAUCAGGGAUACAAUUUCUUGGAAUGCAAUGAUUUCAGGGUUUUUCGAGAAUGGGGACUGUCUAAGAGGGCUAAAGUUAUUCUUCAAAAUGCGAGAGCUUUCCAUCAAUCCAGAUUUGAUGACUAUGACGAGUGUGAUCUCAGCGUGUUGCCUUCUUGCUGAUAAUAGAUUGGGGAGGGAAAUUCAUGGAUAUGUGAUGAGAACUGAGCUUGCCAAUGAUGUUUCAGUGUCUAACUCCUUGAUUGAAUUAUACUCCAGUGUUGGCCAAUGGAAAGAAGCCGAAAAAUUGUUCUCAGGAAUGGAAUCCAGAGAUAUAGUGUCAUGGACGGCUUUGAUUUCGUGUUAUGAGGAUAACUCGCUGCCUGAGAAGGCUUUGGAAACUUACUUGAACAUGGAGGUUGUGGAAGGAAUUGUAGCUGAUGAGAUAACAAUAGCCAGUGUGUUAUCUGCUUGUGCUAGUCUACGGAAUUUGGAUAUAGGUGUAAAGCUUCAUAAGCUUGCCACUAGGACUGGACUUGCCUCAUACACUAUCGUAGCAAACUCGCUCAUUGACAUGUACUCUAAGUGUAAUUCCAUUGACAAGGCUUUGGACGUGUUCCAUCAAAUUCCAGAAAAGAAUGUGGUAUCCUGGACUUCAAUUAUUGAUGGCCUUCGAAUCAACAAUCAGUGCAUUGAGGCUUUGUCAUUCUUUUGGCAAAUGAUUAGAACCACGAAACCAAAUUCAGUUACUUUAGUUUCUGCUUUGGGUGCGUGUGCUAGAAUCGGUGCAUUGAUGUGUGGAAAAGAGAUUCAUGCUCAUGUAUUGAAGGCCGGAACUGGCUUCGACGGUUUCCUACCAAAUGCGAUUCUUGAUAUGUAUGUAAGGUGUGGAAGGAUGAGACCUGCACUGCAUCAGUUUAACUUGAACAAGACAGAUGUGGGGGCUUGGAAUAUUUUGUUGAGAGGGUAUGCCCGGAGGGGACAAGGAGCAUGGGCUAUGGAGUUAUACCGGAGAAUGUUGAAUUCUCACAUAGUUCCUGAUGACAUAACAUUUGUUUCUCUUUUAUGCGCAUGUAGUAGAUCUGGGAUGGUCACUGCAGGUUUGGAGCUAUUCAACAGUAUCAAGACGAGACGUUCUGGCAAUCCAAAUCUGAAACAUUAUGCCUGCAUUGUUGAUCUGCUUGGACGGGCUGGGGAGUUGGAGAGAGCAUAUGAGUUUAUUAUGAACAUGCCAAUACAACCAGAUCAGGCAGUUUGGGGAGCCUUAUUGAAUGCAUGUAGACUUCACCGGCAUGUCCAGCUCGGAGAACUGGCAGCUCAUAAUAUUUUCAAUCUGGGGGCUGGAAGCAUUGGUUACUAUGUUCUCUUGUGUAAUCUUUAUUCAGACAGUGGUAAAUGGGAUCAAGUUAUCAAAGUAAGAGAAAAGAUGAAAGAAGCAGGGCUAGUUCUGGAUCCUGGUUGCAGUUGGGUGGAAGCAAAAGGCAAAGUUCACGCUUUUCUGACUGGUGAUAAUUGCCAUCAUCCUCAAGCAAAAGAUAUAAAUGUAGUAUUGGAGGGAUUUUAUGAGAAAAUGAAGGAAGCUGGGCAUGAUGGUCAAGAUUGCGGUUGUAUAGAUGAUGAAGCGGACAGAUCAAAAGCCGAAAUGUUUUGUGGGCACAGUGAGAGACAAGCGAUUGCAUUUGGACUAAUUAAUACUGCUCCUGGGUUGCCUAUAUGGGUUACCAAGAAUCUCUACAUGUGCCGAAGCUGUCAUAGUUUAGUCAAAUUCAUCUCCAAGGUAGUCCGUCGGGAAAUUUCUGUCAGGGAUACAGAGGAGUUCCACCAUUUCAAGGAUGGCGAGUGUUCUUGUGGAGAUGAAAGUUACUGGGAAGAAAUUAAUAACAAAAGAUAG